AUGGACCGCGUAGCGAAGGCUGCCUCGCAGAACAAAGUGGUAAUCUUCACCAAAACUUCGUGCUGCAUGUGCCAUUCCAUAAAGGGGCUGUUCUACUCCCAAGGGAUAAACCCCAUGAUAUACGAGCUGGACGAAGAUAACUGUAACGGCCGGGAGAUGGAGCGAGCCCUCCGCCGGUUAGGGUGCAACCCCGCCGUCCCGGCUGUCUUCAUCCGCGGCAGGUUUGUCGGCACCGCUAACACCAUCAUGACCCUUAAUCUUCAUGGUUCACUCAAGAAUAUGCUGAUGGAUGCGCGCUGCAGGCUUUAG